UCCUCACUCUCUACCUUCCCAGUCAUUCUAGGUUUCCUUCUCUAUCUCUUUUCUCUUUCUCUCCCCCCACCACCUCCACCCCACCCACCUCUCCUUCUCCUUGCCCCACGCCUCCCCUGGUGCUUAACUGGAAACAAAAGUGAGUUUGUUGUGCCCGGCCAGGAAGCGGACAGUGUGGAAGCGGUGGCCGGUGGCUGGGGUGGCAGCAGCAGAAACAGGCUGGGGCCAGAGGCAGUGCCGACAGCUGGAGACCCCAGCCCUCAGCUGUUCCAGGGAGCAGGGUCUCCAGCUGCUGAGCAGCUCCAGGACAUCCUGGGGGAGGAAGAUGAGGCUCCCAACCCCACCCUCUUCACAGAGAUGGACACUCUGCAGCACGACGGUGACCAGAUGGAGUGGAAGGAGUCAGCCAGGUGGAUAAAGUUUGAAGAAAAGGUGGAGGAAGGAGGCGAACGCUGGAGCAAGCCCCACGUGGCCACACUGUCCCUGCACAGCCUCUUCGAGCUCCGGACCUGCCUGCAGACCGGAACGGUGCUGCUGGAUUUGGACAGCGGCUCCUUACCACAGAUCAUAGAUGAUGUCAUUGAGAAGCAAAUUGAGGACGGCCUCCUGCGGCCAGAACUCCGGGAGAGGGUCAGCUACGUCCUCUUGAGGAAACACCGUCACCAAACCAAGAAGCCCAUCCACCGCUCCUUGGUCGACAUCGGAAAGUCCGUCUCCUCCACUGCCAAUCGAAGCCCGGCCCGGAGCCCCACAGCCGGCCCCAGCCUACGCCGCUCCACCGAGGACCUGAGGAUGCAGCAAAGCACGAAUUACGGCCGUCUGUGUCAUGCCCAGAGCAGAAGCAUGAAUGAUAUUUCUCGCACCCCAAACACUGACCAGCGGAAAAACAAAUUCAUGAAGAAGAUCCCCAAGGACUCAGAAGCCUCCAACGUGCUAGUGGGAGAGGUGGACUUCCUGGACCAGCCCUUCAUCGCCUUCGUGCGUCUCAUCCAGUCGGCCAUGCUGGGAGGAGUGACCGAGGUGCCCGUCCCCACCAGAUUUCUGUUCAUACUGCUGGGACCCUGUGGGAGAGCAAAGUCCUACAAUGAAAUUGGCCGAGCCAUUGCAACCCUCAUGGUAGACGAUCUCUUCAGCGACGUGGCCUACAAAGCCCGCAAUCGGGACGAUCUGAUCGCUGGGAUUGAUGAGUUUCUGGAUGAGGUCAUUGUCCUUCCCCCUGGAGAAUGGGACCCAAAUAUCCGAAUCGAGCCCCCCAAGAAGGUGCCCUCUGCGGACAAGAGGAAAUCCGUAUUCUCCCUGGCCGAGCUGGGUCAGAUGAACGGCUCUGUGGCGGGAGGCGGCGCGACUGCAGGAGGUGGCCCUGGAGGUGGCAGCGGCGGUGGUGGGGUCGGCGGAGGGAGCAGCGGCGAUGACAGAGAAAUGCCAGCCGUGCAUGAAAUCGGGGAAGAGCUUAUCUGGACAGGAAGGUUCUUCGGUGGCCUGUGUCUGGAUGUGAAGAGGAAGCUGCCCUGGUUCCUCAGUGACUUCUACGAUGGCAUCCACAUUCAGUCCAUCUCUGCCAUCCUCUUCAUCUACCUGGGCUGCAUCACCAACGCCAUCACCUUUGGCGGGCUUCUGGGGGAUGCCACUGACAAUUACCAGGGGGUGAUGGAGAGCUUCCUGGGCACUGCCAUGGCCGGCUCCCUGUUCUGCCUCUUCUCGGGACAGCCUCUCAUCAUCCUGAGCAGCACAGGGCCCAUCCUCAUCUUCGAGAAGCUCCUCUUUGACUUUAGCAAAGGCAAUGGCUUGGACUACAUGGAGUUCCGCCUCUGGAUUGGCCUACACUCAGCUGUCCAGUGCCUUAUCUUGGUGGCCGCAGACGCCAGCUUCAUUAUCAAGUAUAUCACCCGCUUCACUGAGGAGGGCUUCUCCACCCUCAUCAGCUUCAUCUUCAUCUACGAUGCCAUCAAGAAGAUGAUCAGUGCCUUCAAGUACUACCCCAUCAACGUGGACUUUAAGCCCGACUCCAUCACCACCUACAAAUGCGAGUGUGUUGCUCCAGACACAGCAAACACCACCGGGUUCAAUGCGUCAACCCUGCUGCCACCAAACACCAACACUUCUCUGUACAACCCCCUUAACCUCACAGCGCUGGACUGGUCCCUGCUGAGCAAGAAGGAAUGUCUGAACUAUGGUGGGCACCUGCUCGGGAAUUCCUGCCGGUUCAUCCCAGACCUGGCACUCCUGUCCUUCAUCCUUUUCUUCGGGACAUACUCCAUGACCCUGGCCCUGAAAAAGUUCAAAUUCAGCCGCUAUUUCCCUACCAAGGUCCGGGCCCUAGUAGCUGACUUCUCCAUUGUCUUCUCCAUCCUGUUCUUCUGUGGUGUCGAUGCCUGUUUCGGUCUGGAAACCCCCAAGCUGCACGUGCCCAGUGUCAUCAAGCCCACGCGGCCAGACCGAGGCUGGUUCGUGGCCCCCUUUGGGAAGAACCCGUGGUGGGUGUACCCAGCGAGCAUCCUGCCUGCCCUGCUGGUGACCAUCCUGAUAUUCAUGGACCAGCAGAUCACAGCUGUCAUCGUCAACCGGAAGGAGAAUAAGCUGAGGAAGGCAGCGGGCUACCAUCUGGACCUGUUCUGGGUGGGCAUCCUGAUGGCCCUGUGCUCCUUCAUGGGGCUCCCCUGGUACGUGGCGGCCACGGUCAUCUCCAUCGCCCACAUCGACAGCCUCAAGAUGGAAACGGAGACCAGUGCCCCAGGGGAGCAGCCCCAAUUCCUGGGGGUCAGGGAACAGAGAGUGACCGGCACCAUUGUCUUCAUCCUGACCGGGAUCUCUGUCUUCCUGGCUCCUAUCCUGAAGUACAUCCCCAUGCCAGUGCUGUACGGAGUCUUCCUCUACAUGGGCGUGGCUUCCCUGAAUGGCAUCCAGUUCUGGGAGCGCUGCAAGCUCUUCCUGAUGCCAGCCAAGCACCAGCCGGACCAUGCCUUCCUGCGGCACGUGCCCCUGCGCCGGAUCCACCUCUUCACCCUGGUGCAGAUCCUCUGCCUGGCGGUGCUCUGGAUCCUCAAAUCCACCGUGGCUGCCAUCAUCUUCCCGGUCAUGAUCCUGGGCCUCAUCAUCGUCCGAAGGCUGCUGGACCUCAUCUUCUCCCAGCACGAACUGGCCUGGAUUGACAAUAUCCUCCCAGAGAAGGAGAAAAAGGAGAUGGAUAAGAAGAAAAAGAGAAGGAAAGGGGCUCACGAGGACAGUGACGAGGAGGAAAAAGAUCUUCCAGUUGGAGUUACUCAUUCUGACUCUUCCUUCAGUGACUCAGAACUUGAUCGCAGCAUCACCUUGCACUUCAAAAUUUCCUGUCCAGCUUCACCUGCUUUCAACUACUCACAGAGCCCAGUGUUCAUGGUGCCACAGGUGAAGAUAGAGAUGGAGCCAGAGUGUGACUUUACAGACACGGACAUGUUUGGAAGAGAAGCUGACGGUGAGACCACCCUCUAGGACACAGCAUCCGCAGAUGGGGCACAGAGCGAGGGCACGGUUCAGUCUCCAUUGUAGGGGUCUGGGCCACAACACUGGACUUUUCUGAGCCUGUUUCCUUAUUUACCACACAGAUCCAUUAUUCUGCUUGAUAGAAAACUGGAGAUCUGUCAGUGUAAAGUACUACUUAGGUGCAAAGCUCUUCCCCUUCCCUUUGUAGUUAUGAAAUAAAGCAAAAUGUUAUAUCUUAUUUUAAAAUGCAGUCCAGCAUAGAAAUUAUAACCUUUCUUUUGAAAUGAAAAAAAAAAAUGCUUACCUCCCAAAACCAUAGUUAAGGUAAAGGGGCAAUAGUCCAUUUUUAUUUAAAAUAAAUUAUCAGUUGAGAAUGUUUUUGAAGUGUCUAGAUGAUUUUGAAAGAACAAUUAAAAUACUCUUACUUCAAUAGAGCAAGGUUGAAAGAAUUUGUCUUGCAAUUUUGCAUAUUAGGAAAUGCUUAAAGGUCCUGUCUGUUCUCUCCAUCUCAUUCCAUUUGCUAAGGAUGUAGGAAGAGUUUGGCCUGUCAGCAUUAUGGGCCUUGCUCUGGCACAGAAGUGUGACUGGUGCUCUCCCAGACUGAAAAGCCAGUUUCAACGUCUGUUAAAGAACCAACAAUUUGAGUAGAUGUUUUUAAAAUGAUUAUUAGUGUAAAAUCUGAAACCACAUUAAAUCAAUAAAGUGAUCCUUUGCAUUAAUAUCACGGUUUUCCAUUCCCAGGAUCCAAUUUCUGGGCAUGUAGGUAGUACUUCCUGCAAGUUUUCAAUGGCCUGAUUCCCAAAGUCAAACUCCCAUUCACAUGAACAUUGCAUGCCAGGCAAACCUGAUGUCAAAUUCUGGAAGAUUAUAACUUUGUAAUAUUAGACUAGUACUUUAAAGGAAUGACUGAAAGCAAGUUGGAUAGAUUAAAACCUGUAAUUAAUGAAGCAAACCCUUUCCUCAUAAAACAAGAUCAAUCUUUCAUCUUCAAUCCAUGUUUAACAAACCUCAACCAUGUUUAUUUAGCAACUGCUAUGUGCCUCACAGCCACAAUGCAUCUGACAUAAAACAACUAAGGAUUUGAAUCUUGAGUUAAUCACUUUGGUUAGAGUUACAUUUACUCGAGAUGACAAACGCAGGUGCUUUUUCUUUAUUGCUUCCUAUUUUUUAAAAGACCGAUGACACUAGAUUAACACCUUGAGUACCAGAAGAGUUAAAUGUCUCUGUAAUUCCCAAAGCUUAGUACUGGUCCAUAGAAGUCUCUUAAUUUUUAAAUUAAAUCUCCGAGCUUCCUUUCAAGGGAUUCUGCCAAGAAGUAAAGCCCUAUACCUCUGCCACUGCUGACAGCAGCAGAAUUACUUAGCUGCUCACUAAUCCAGAGCCAUCGCCUGAGUUUAAGCAUAAACUCUUCAUCUUCAUCUAGACCAGUCCUGGGAGAGCUAACAAUCUACCCUUAACAUUUCACUCUUAAAUCU